AUGGCAACUGACGACAAAAGAGAAACUAUGAGGACAUAAGUCUUCCAGGAAUCUUUUAAUUUAGCUUAAAAGUAACGCCACGGUAUGUUCUCAGUACCUAUUUCUAAUGCUAUUGGUGAUGAUACCUAUUUCAUUCCCAAGCCUGCACGUAGAGAUGCCGAGGGUGCUGUUAUUACAGACCCAAGAAACUUCACAACGAAGAAUGCAAAGAAGGGUUCAAUUGACAGCGUUUUAUUCUCCAAACCAAGUUAUGUCACUUAGGGAGAUCCAUUCAAAGAACCUGCUAAAGUGCCAAUGAGGACUUCAGUUAAAGAGGGUUUCAAGCUUGGAGGUCACGAAUUAAACUUUAAGCCUGCCAAAACUGUUCCAAAAGCUGUGAAAGCUGAUUUCAAGCACAUGACUGAUUUCGUUGAGGUAUCCAAGAAUAGAAAAGGCCCAGAUGGUGCAGUUGUUAUUGAGCCUAAAAACUUCCUUACAAACCCACCAAAGAAGGGUAUAGUAGGUAAAGGAACUACUCUAGGUGGUAAAAUUGAUUACCUACCAGAUCCAUUCGACAGAAAGAGAGAACUUGAGAGAAAAGAGCAUGAAGACCAUUUGAAGAAAGUCCAAGACAAGCCAUUCUCACAAAAGGUAAAGCACGUUGAAACAUUCGCUACUAUUAGAGAAGCUUACGGAGAAGAUCGUAAUUAUCCAAACAGAAAGCCAGUACCUGAUUCCCCACCUCUUAUGACACACGAUAUGCCUUUCAAGCCAUCUAACCCACCUAAGAGGGGUUAUAAUAAAACUUUGGAAAAGUUCCCCGCAUACAAGGAAGAUCCUCUCAAGUUUGCUGAAAGGAAGAAGGAAGAGGAUGAUGGUAAGGGCAGAUGGAAACCAACCCACAACAAAAAGUCUACUCCAACUCCAUCAGUCACAACUAACUUCAAAAAUCUUAAGACCGACACCAAAGUUAUUUUAAAUGGUGGAGAGUACACUGGUUUUGUAAAUAACAUGGGUGCUUUUAAUAUGUAUGGAAAUAUUGCCUAAUCUUUUGAUAAUUUAAAUAGAUAUGUUGAAAAGGUUGGCACAUACAAGUUAGAUGUGAUAGUUGAGAUACUAGAUGUUGAUCAGAAUGAUGAGGCAGCAAAAAAAAGAUAAAUUAGAGCAUAUCUCUAUAAUUUGAAAUCAGGCAAAGAUUUUAAACUAAUUUAUCCCUUACAGCUUGAGCCAUCACAUAAGAUACAAUACUUUGAGAUUGAGGAAGGUUUUAACCCAAUGAACUAUCUUAAGAAUCCAAUGGUUAUCAUGGUUGGAGUCUCUGGCUUACUUAUGUUUAUGAUGAAGAGAAUGCCAAAGCAAGAGUUAGAAGAAAUGCAAAGUAUGCAAUCGCAGUAGAUGCCAUAAUGUGCUCAGCAAUGA